AUGCCUUCACGUAAUCGUCCUCAGCCCAGUCCGCCAAUGACGUCGACGGAGAACUGGAUCCCAGUACCUGAUGACCUAUUGAGCGAGGAAUCGGAUUUUCAAGGCAAUGCAGAAACAAAAGCAUUCUACAACAAGCUUGCUAAAUCGUACAACCCACGGAACUACUGGGCUAUCCAUGACUGGAGCAUUCAGGUGAUCGCAGAGAGCAACAGGGAGGUGCAAAAGCGGAUAGCAGAACCGAAAGCAGGCGAGAAAGUCGCUACACCCAGUAAACGAAGAAAGCUAGAUGAAGCUUCAGACAAGCAACAACAGGCUACUCACCAAAGCGCCAAACCAGAACUCAAGCCUCUCCGUCAAAGUGGAGGGAAACUGCUGCCGGACAACACGCCUACGCAGAAGGCCAGCGGCGAUGAAACAAAUGCAGGCAACGAGCGAGACAAACUGAAACCGCGAAACUUUUAUGAAGGUCAGAAGUCCGCGAAACAGCUCUCAGAAUCGCUGUCAGAGUUCCUCGAACGACUUCCGCCUUCUACCACUCCGUUCUCCACCUGCGGACCAUGGAUAUGGAUUGCCAACCCCUAUCCACCAGAGGAAAAAAACGCAGCAGGCAAAAUUGUGACCGACCCAGAAGGUCGCGACAUUGCAAGCUUCAGACAACUCGGCACACGUCUAUUGGAAAAUUACAUGGCUCGCAAAGAAGAACUCGAAGCACAGAAUCCCGACAAACAGCCAGGAAGCAUCACCCGUAUGCUACGUCCCGACCGUGUGCGCCUCGAAUCCAGCAUACGUGAGUUAGCAAGACAGAAGAAUGUGACAUGCGGGAAAUGGAUGCUCUUUCCAGAAGCCGGCGACGUAGAUUUUGUAUGGGCAGUCGUUGCCAAAGGUGUAUGGGAGGGCAAGCUCGGCAUCUCCGCCAAAGUGGCCACCGCGCCAGAUGCAGGACCUACGUCUGAUGAAGGCGACGAACGUGCCAGAGGCAGAGAGCAAAGGCUGAUAUGCGUGUACACCUACGAUUUUUCAGACAAAGACGAUGUCAAGCGUGUGUUGCUCGGUCUCAAGCAGCUCGGUCUCUUGAACAAUGACAGCUUUGAAAAUGGCCCGCGCAGUCACAGUGGCUCUGCCGACAAAGUCAUCUACUACAAGUGUGAUGCUUACACUUACCUCGAUAUCUCGAGCCACAAUGAGUACAAGUUGAAAGCGAGUAUGUACAGCAGCAAAGAUAUGCUUGCUGAGAAAGAUUGA